AUGUCCCUGUUUCUAGCCGGGGAUCCUGCCUCCAAAGACCAGACUUACGCGGGAGAGACCCUCCGGACCAGCCCGGGGGACAUCGCCGCCUAUUACCCGCCUCUCCUGCCCCCCGCCCAGUACCUGGAGGCGCUGGGGCGCCCUCCCGACCUCUUCCACCCCCUCAAAUCCCUGGGAAGGCUGCUCGCCACCUCCCCGCCUCUGGCCCCCUUCAGCUUCGCCACGAUCCCGGCCUUUCUGACCCGGCCCUCGGCCCUGCAGGGCGAGCAGCUCUGCAGCACCCCGUCCCCCUGGCCCUCCUUCUCCGGGCUGGCAUCGCCCCGCAGCAGCCGGGCCCCGCCAGCGGGCCCCCCGCAACUGCCCAGCCAGGCGGGCGAGCUCUUUCCCGGCCCUGCCAGGAAGGGCCGAGCGGCGGCCGCGAGCCGGCCCAGCGUCCAGGCCGAGCCCUGCAGCCCAUACCGCUUCAGCCAGGAGGAUCUGCGCGCCGUGCUGUACGGGGCGGUGCGGGGCGCUCCGCACGCCGCCUCGGGGCUGCGGGGCCCAGCUGCCAGCUCGGGAGAUGCUGCGUCUCACGCUCCGCUGCCGGACAGAGAGUCCCUCCAGUUACCCGAAGGUUUGUCCGUGUUGCAGACGCUGCACGGGGAAGUUCUGCAGCUGGGGGUGUUCUGUACCCACCUCAUCCCCAGGGGCGUCCGCUUCGGCCCUUUCCAAGGCAAAGUGGUCAACACCAGCGAGAUCAAGAUUUACGAUGACAAUUCCUUGAUGUGGGAGAUUUUCGAAGAUGGUCGCUUGAGCCAUUUUAUAGAUGGGAAAGGAGCCUCGGGAAACUGGAUGUCCUUAGUAAACUGUGCCCGGUUCCCAGAGGAGCAGAAUUUGACAGCUAUUCAGUGCCAAGGCCAAAUAUUUUAUGAAAGCUGCAAAGAAAUCUUACCCAACCAGGAGCUGCUGGUGUGGUAUGGAGACUGUUAUCUGCAGUUCCUGGGCAUCCCCAUCAGUUUGAAAGGGGCGACAGAAGGAAAGGGACCCCAGCAACAGCCAGAAGAAUCUGGGGAGAGUUACAAAUGCGAGAGAUGUGGCAAGGUAUUUGCUUACAAAUACUACAGAGACAAACAUCUGAAAUACACUCGCUGCGUAGAUCAAGGAGACAGAAAAUUUCCGUGCCAUCUUUGCAACCGAUCGUUUGAAAAGAGAGACAGACUGAGGAUCCAUAUUCUUCAUGUCCAUGAGAAACACAGACCUCACAAGUGCUCAGUAUGUGGGAAGAGUUUUUCACAGUCCUCCAGCCUGAACAAACACAUGAGGGUGCACUCCGGAGAGCGGCCCUACAAAUGUGUGUACUGUAACAAGGCAUUCACAGCCUCCAGCAUCCUGCGCACUCACAUCCGCCAGCACUCGGGAGAGAAGCCCUUCAAGUGUCGACACUGUGGCAAAGCCUUUGCCUCCCAUGCGGCCCACGACAGCCACAUGCGGCGCACACACAGCAAGGACAAAGGCUGCACUUGCACCGUGUGCGGCAAGAACUUCCUGGAGCAGGAGGAAUUCCGAUUCCAUAUGAAGUUCCACGCCGCUCUUUAG